ACUCUAUGGUGUCGUUUAUUAAAUGCUUGACAAUCUCCAUGGUAACGACCUGCAAUCAAAGAGACGGUGAGGAGAACACGAUCCCUGGUAUGAUGAAGAUUUGGAGCACCGAGCAUAUUUUCAGUUACCCGUGGGAGACUGUGAUCAAAGCUGCCAUGAGGAAAUACCCCAACCCCAUGAAUCCCAAUGUGGUUGGCGUGGAUGUGCUGGAUCGCAGUCUGGACUCAGAGGGACGCCUUCACAGCCACAGACUCCUCAGCACAGAGUGGGGGCUACCGUCUAUUGUACGAGCGAUACUGGGGACCAACCACACACAGACAUACGUGAAGGAGCAUUCUAUAGUCGACCCAGAGGUGAAAAAGAUGGAGUUGUGCUCAACAAAUAUUACUCUCACCAACCUGAUAUCCGUAGAUGAGAGGCUUGUUUACACACCACACCCAGAAAACCCAGAGGUUACUGUACUGACACAGGAAGCCAUCAUCACGGUGAAGGGAGUCAGUCUGAGCAGCUACCUGGAGGGCCUGAUGGUCAGGAGCAUGUCUGCCAACGCCCGGAAGGGCUGGGACGCUAUUGAGUGGGUGAUUCAGAACUCUGAAGGGGACAAUGUACCACUCUGUGACAUUUACUAACACUGGACUCCAGAUCCACUGACGACUGCUUUCCUCAGCUGCUCCUCCAACCUGAAAGGGCAUGUGGGGAGAGUCUCAACAUCUUCCGGUCCUCUGCAGAUGGUUCUUUCAUGUGAAGGAAACUAAACGUUUGCCAUAGCAGAAACAGUUCUUGAAACUUUCUGGGACUGCGUUGCCAGGUUUGGCGGUUGUGACUCAUUUCUAGCUCAUCAUUUAUAAUCCAAUAACGGUUAAACCACAUGGCAACAAAACAGAGACUUGUGUCAACUAAAACAAACUUAGCAGACUUUGCUAUCUUGAAUGUCAAUAUUGUACUUAUGAAGUGACACUUUAAGAAAAAUCCUCAACAUAGAAGACGGACGCAACAAGGAGGUACACACCACUGUUUUGUUUUUCUUAAACAAGGUGCAGUGUAUUGUUAUUAUGCAACUGUCUCAAAGGCUUUAUUUGGACUAGUUUGAUACUAUAUGAAAACUCCUACAGUGGGAAACGGGUUAAAAUAUGGAGACGUUACUGGUGCUUAUUUUGUGUUACACUGGACAAAAAUGUUAUAUUACGGAUUGGGCAUGGUUUACAUUUGUUGCAUUAGUUUCAGUCCUGGAUCGCCAAUAUUUUUCAUGUGCAACAUCAGCUUUAUAUGUCAGUCUUCAGCAACAUUAAGCAUUUCCUAGUGUUAAAGUGUAGCCACGCCAGCGUCAGUGUUUUGGUUCUGAUUAGCUUGGAUCACGUUGCGACCAGCGUCACUGGAUAACAUGAGGCAAGCUCACUAAUAAGAUGGUGGCCAGAGAACUCCAUCUUUGUCUUAUCUAAUAGUAUUUAUUCAAAAAGAAACUACUUCUCCAAAAUUGACACUCGACUGAAUUUUGCAGCUGCUCGGACAAUCCAAUCGUUUCCCAUACAAAAUAAAUAUGAUUAGAUAAGACAAAGAAGGACCCAUUUGGCCACAAUGACAAAAAGUAGCCAAGAUGGUGCAUUCGUAACUGAAAACACUGCAAGCAGGGUGGUGGUACCAUCAUGCUGUGGGACUGAUUUGCCCCUCCUCCCCCACUGGUAUUUUUAUGCAACUGUCGGAAGACGUGAUCUUCGAAUUAUUCAACUAUGUCUUGACACAACACCCAAAUGUCCGAAUUGGACACCGUUGAAUGUUCUGUUAAAGGUAGUUUUAAAAUGGCUAGAACAGCUUAGCAUUAAGCCUCGGCACAAUUAAAAAAUGGAUAGGAUGCAUUUAAAAGCUAACUCUGUCUCAGGAAAUCCACCAGUUUGAGUGGUCAAAUAUUCCUCCUGAAUAAUAAAUUUAACGCUUAUCGAUUAUAAUCAAGUUGAAAGGCAGAUUAUUUUAAGAUCACCUUUGUAGAGUCACACCAAUACAGCUUAGAUUAUGCACCAUCCCAGGGGAUAUGUUGAAAAUAGAACAAUAUGUGGUCAUCCAGGUCUGAAACCAACAUGGAAAGUACAAAUCUUGCACAAUUUUGCAAAACAUGAAGGACUUUGGAGAAAAAAAAGAUAUGAUGGAUCUAAAAAAAAAAAAAAACGGUUAUGAAUGAAAUACCGGACUGUACCAUCAACAUUGCCUUCAUCUGAUAUUUAACACCAAUGAGCGUUUUGGAAACUUACCAAGAACAGGUGAAGAGGAAGACACGGUGGUGUUCAAGGUGGGCAAAUGUUCGCAGUUAACUGGCCUUAAAGCGACACCAGUGUUUUGGUUUCAUGCCUUUGCCAGUCAUACACCUCAUGCUUCCAAACGACGCGCUUAUCCAUAGAUGCAACCUACGUAUCCUGGAGACCAGGAGCAGUACUGUAUGUGCAGGUGAUGCACACUGUGACUGACUAAUGUGCUAAAACAUGUUUCUGGAUAGCAGUAAAUAUAGCAUAUUUGUAUAAAUUAUAUUUUAAAAAUGUAUUUAGUGAAUGCUACUGCUUUCAUUUUGUGUUGCAUAGAAAAAAAAAUUGUAUACUUUUUUGUUUUGAAGCGCAACCUUUGCCUGGCUGCAAUGCAAGAGACGCUAAAAUAAUUAAAGCAGAAGUGAAAACGA